CAACUGGCACCAGCACGCUAGCGCUCUGUCCGAGUGGCUAACACAGGCUUGGUGCCCUGCCAGAUACCGACGUCACUUUCUCCCCUGCACAACACCUCAAAGGCCGCGUCCCUCCUUCGAAACGAUCUCCUCCGGCAGCCCAACGCCUUUCAUCGCCGCGACGACGGCGGCCAGUCGCCGAGAUGGCGUCCAAGGUGGAUGCCCGGCUCUUGAAGUCGACAAAGUUUCCACGCGAGUUCAACGAGAAGGUCGACAUGAAGAAGGUCAACGAGCCGGUCAUGAAAAAAUGGAUUCACAAGCGAAUCGGCGAGAUUCUCAAAGGCGAGGAUGAUGUUCUCAGCGAUCUUUGCCUGAACCUCCUCAAAGCCCGGCAAUUCGUUUGUCUCCCCCUUCGCACACCCGAAUACGGCUGCAAACUGCUAAAUGUUCGCCAGCCGGACAUCAAAUCGAUUCAAAUACAGCUCACCGGCUUUCUGGACAAAGACACGGCCCCAUUUUGCAAAGAGCUGUGGAACAUGCUGCUCAGCGCCCAGUCCAACUCGUCAGGAGUUCCUCAGGAGCUUCUCGAAGCAAAGAAGCUUGAGCUUAUGCAGAAAACGGUUGGAUUGCGGCCGCUCCCUGUCGAAAGACUCGUGACUAACUGUUUCCUGCAGUUCGAUGCCGACAAAGCUGCCGAGGACUCCCGACGAAGCCGUGGUAAUGACGAACGCGAUACGAGAGAUAGGCGGCCCGGCGGUGACAGCUGGCAGGCAGCCCCAAGACGCGGUGACCGUCCUUUUUCGAACCGUGGACGGGGUGGGUACGGCCGUGCUCGUCCGCGAUCUCCUUCCCCGGGUCCGCGUGGUCGUGGCCCACGAGACGCGUAUGGACGCGACAGUUACGUCCCACGGGGAAGACGUGGUCGUGAUCAGGCUUCGAGACGAGGCCCAAGCGGUAGAUCGCCGUCUCGUUUGCGUUCGCGCUCCCGCUCCCGCAGUCGUGGUUCCGCCACACCUCGGCGACGUUCUGCGACCCCGCCUCGACUUCGAGACUCACGAAAGAGAUCGCGAUCUCCUCGACACUCUAGCGGCAGACAACACCGUUCUCGCUACAGCAGCUCCCCGUCCAGCUCGCCUGAACCGAAGUCGCCUUCUCCAAAGCGAAGGCGGCGGUCUCCCUCGUCCAGCGCUCCGGUGGAGCGUGGACGACGCCGUCAUUCCUCGUCGCGUUCCAUAAGCACGAGGUCUGACUCCCGCAGCCGCAGUCGCAGACGAAGUGUUUCUCGCAGUCGCAGUCGAUCCCGUCGCGAUAGCCGCAGUCGAAGCUACAGCAGCGAUCGCAGCCGUUCUCGUAGCCGCAGCCGCAGCCGAAGUCGUAGUAUAGACAGGCGGUCCUCUUCACGCAGCCGUCAUGGGAAAGACGGAAGUGGUCAACGUCGCCGGGAGCGCAGCUCCAGCCGUUAUUCGGACGAUGGCCGCUCUCCCCGCGGGCAGGGUCGACGCGGUGGAAAUACCCGAGGCGGAGACCGCUGGGCCCGCGGAAACAGAGGCAGACAUGGCCGGAGGCGUAACAGUUCAUCCGAAUCUUCACCCGUCAGAGUUCGCGGGAGCUCAGCUGAUGUUUUGGAAGAUAAACGAGGCACGGCCCAUCGCAAACCGAUGUCAUCCAUUGAGAAAGACCACGAGGUGGGUGGCUCCUCUUGAGACCGCUGGAGAGGUUUGCAUCUCGACGGCACAGCACUGACCUACGGGGCGUCUCAGCUCAACCGAGCCCAAAUCGACCAGACGUUGCUGAAAGACAAGCUCUUGCGAGAGAAGAGCCUCUUGCAACACAAGAAGAGCAAGGAAGAGGACACGGUCUGAUUCACGCGGCGCAGGGCUAACUGCACUACGUACUUGCAAGUUUAUGCCCCGAUCUGACCCGGGCUACCAGCCUGCAACUGUUUUGGUAGGGCGCACGCGGCGUAGGGAUGGGGACGGGAAGCGGGAUACACCCAUUGCUACAUCAUGUAUGAAGUAUGACAACCGAGCUAGCAUUCAUGUAGAAUAGCAAUCAAGCCAAGUCGACAGACA